CCGCUCCUCCUCAACCGGGAGGCGCCCGCCCGCACCGCCCGCCCGCUCCGAGCUCCCAGCCCGGCCGCGGCACAGAAAGUUUUCCCGGGCUCCGGGCCUGCGGGAAGCGGAGCGGGCACGGCAGGGAGGCGGUCGCCGUGCGGGCCCGCCGAGUGCAUGGUGCCGGGCGCCCGGGCCGUGCGUCUGGAGGACCCGGGGCGGGGCCGGGCUGAGCCCAGCUCCUGAGCCUCUCUCUGUCCAGCGGCGUCCGAAGCCGGACGAAGCCUUGGGACUGCCGCGGGGGUCGCGCUCCAACGCCAUGUCCCGGCUGCUGCCGCUGCUGGGGAGCCGGACGGUGCGCAGCCUGAGGCCGGGCCCUGCCGCCGCGCCCCGCCCGCCGUCCUGGUGCGGCUGCGGCCGGGGGCCGCUGGCGCUCGGGGUCCCCGGCGGUCCCCGGCUCCUGGGCACCCACCCCAAGAAGGAGCCCAUGGAGGCGCUGAACACGGCGCAGGGCGCGCGCGACUUCAUCUACAGUCUGCACUCCACCGAGAGGAGCUGCUUGCUCAAAGAGCUGCACCGCUUCGAGUCCAUUGCCAUCGCCCAAGAAAAAUUGGAAGCUCAACCACCCACUCCAGGACAGCUGAGAUACGUAUUCUUCCACAAUGCGAUACCUUUCAUAGGGUUUGGCUUUUUGGAUAAUGCAAUUAUGAUUGUUGCAGGAACCCAAAUCGAAUUGUCUAUUGGAAUUAUUUUGGGAAUUUCAACAAUGGCAGCUGCUGCUUUGGGAAAUCUUGUUUCAGAUUUAGCUGGACUUGGCCUUGCAGGUUACGUUGAGGCUUUGGCUUCCAGGUUAGGCCUAUCAAUUCCUGAUCUUACGCCAAAGCAAGUUGACAUGUGGCAAACGCGUGUUAGCACACAUCUGGGCAAGGCUGUUGGGGUGACCAUUGGCUGCAUUCUAGGAAUGUUCCCUUUGUUUUUCUUUGGAGGAGGUGAAGAAGAUGAAAAACUGGAAACGACAAAUUAAUCAUCUUAGAAUACCUAUAAAAAGAUGUAAACUAAUGUACCUCAGUCAUUAAAAAAUACUGUCACAACAUUUAGUGGCGAAGACAGUAACAGUGUAUAAAUACGGGAUCAAAUAAUUCAGCAUGUAUUAUGGAAACACUAACUUAUUGUGGCUUGGACUUCUUAUGACAUCUUUUUAAAAACCAUUUAGUGUCAUUUUAUGUAAAUUGUUGAGAUGCUUUUCAUCAGUGGCAUCAAUAUGUUAUCGUUUCCUCCUCUCUAUGUAUCAACAUAUUAUUUAACUUUUAGUCAUUGAUACUGUACUGUACUGACUUGGGAUUUGCUUAUUUGUUAUGUAACAUGUACAUGCAUGGAAAUACCUAUUUAUGUUUUUUUUCCUUGAUGGUUAUAAUUCAAUGCUAGGGUUUCUCCAAAUUAUUUAAGAUGUUUAAUAUCAGUUAAAAUUUUGACUCCCUGCCUGGUGGCAUCACUUCUGUGCUAUUUCACAGUAAACAUUUACAAUCAUAGGAUUUCACUCAUUUUCAAAGCUUUCACAUCUAUUCCAAAUGAAUACAGAUUUUAAGUAUUUUAAGUAUAUCUGGUUCAUUUUAAUUUUGAACCAUGCUGUCUUAAGGGCCAGAAAGAGCAAUUUUCCGGCCUUCCUUUUACAUACCCCAUAUAUGCUAACAAGUGUACUUAUUUCUAGUUGACUUUUGACCUUUCAUUUCCCAACUUUGACUAACGACACCGUGAGUUCUGGUUUGUGAGGGAAAGACGGUACUUCAAUACUCACUGUCUUUUAAAAGAUUAGGAAAUUAGUGUGAACUAUGGAAUUUGAUAGGACUUUUGGAAAUCAUGGUAAUUUUUUUUAAGGGAAAUAGAAAAGGGAAGCUUUCAAGGUUUAUAGAGAAAGUGGCAGAGUUCAAGUGGUGUUUGGAAGGGUCGUGAGGAUCAGUUCUAUUACUUUGGAAGGAUUUUUUCCCCUAAAGUGUUUUUGUCUCAUCAGAAUGAAAUGAGUCUAAAUAUUCCAUGCUCAGAAUCCUUAUCUCAUUAGAUCUUGCUUUGUGAUUUUUUUGGAUGAAUUUUUUAGAAAUAACAUGUAUUUCAUAUUUUGCUGUUUGCUAUAUAGUCUAGUCAAAUGUAACAUGAGGAGAGAAUCUUCCUCCCAUUUUUGGAGAUUUUUCUUCUGUGGUUAUUAUAGCACAUGGUUGGUGAAAUCUCCUCUGUCUGUGCUUGUAUGUCUGAAUGAAAUCAAGUGGGAAGCCUAGGUUUUAAUUUUCUGAACCUUUUAAAUUUCUCCCGUGUGGUCUACAUACGUUAAAAUGUGACAGACUAAUUGAACAUAUGGAAGAGAGGAACUGAAGCUAGAGUUUAUUCUUUGGGGAAUUAAAAUUAUUCAUAUUUGCUAACUAGACAGGAAAGAGAAACUUAGCAUGACUAUGCCUUUUAAGUCUUGUUUGGGAUUUUGUUUGCACAUAAUUACUUCGAGCUCUUUUUAAAGAAGAUUUCUUUUCCAUAAGAAAAUGUGUCACAUACUGCCCCUCUUGCACUUAGGGAUGAUUUAGUGCUGUCCAUUUAUCAUGAUUUUAAGGAAAAAUAGUAUAAAAACCCAUCAGAUUCUCAUAUACUCAAGUAGCAUUCUCCUUUGAUCAAAUUAGAAUUCCAGGACUGGAGAUGGCAGACAGGUUUGUCUUUUGUGUCUUCUUCCACAUAGCACACAUGGCUGCUAGGAAGAGGACUCCAGGCUGAUGGAUUAGAAUGCUUAUUUCAUUUUCUGUGUGAACAUGUGAGUGUUGUGUCCGUCCUUUGUAUAGACAGAUUAGAAUGUUUAUUUCAUUUUCUGUGUAAAUACGUGAGUGCUUUGUGUCUGCCCUUGGUGUAUUGGUGGCUUUCUUUCCUGUUUUUGUUUUUAAGUGUUGUAUUGUGGUGCUUAACUUUUCUUCUUGUUAAAUCCCAUUUCCAGAAACCUGUCUUGGAGUUUAGAAAGGACUUUGGAUUGCUGAUUUCCUUUUUCUUUCUCUUAAAAAUAUCCCAGUCCUUACUGCCGGAAUUCCUGUUAACAGAAUUAUGCCAGUUUCGUUAACUCUUCAGCUAUCUAUCUGAGUUGUCAAACCAUGAAAGAUGUAACUUUCACAUUGAAAGACAUUCAAAAAAAAUUUGAAUCCUGUUUAAUCAAUGAAAUGUUUUGAACCAUUAAAGUACUUGCUUUUCAAAAGCAGACAAACAAAAUCAAAGUCUCUUUGUCCUCACCCAAAGGUAUCGUUUUCUCAAGCUCUUGUCCUGACCUGACAUGGUUCUUUGCACGAUGUGAUUCCUGAAGAUGGUCCCCUUUAAAUGAAUGACUCCUUAGGACCCUUGUUGAGUGUUUUCGCCACAGAGGAUCGGACAUCAGCCAAACUGGACCUCCCUGUCUCACGGCUGCUGUUCUCUGUCAGCUCCGGAGCGACAGCCGACUGUCUGAUGAGCGGCUGGAGGACUGUUCAUUCAGAAUUUGUGUUCUUCAUGUGCUAUGAUUUACUGACUUGUUGAUGCAUGUGAACUGGGUGCAUUUUGUUGCCUCUGUAUGUUAAAUAGUGACCAAUGUUUUUACGAAAGAAUUGAACAAAAAAUAUCUUUUAAGACA